CCCCAAGCAGCCAUGAAGCUUGUCUGCAGUAAGGCUCUGAGAGACACAGCUGUUUCUGCCGGAGGGAACAUCUAAAUGAGCGCUUUCUGAAGGCCCCUGUGGAUCUUUGGUGCUGUAGGGCUUGCUGAUGCAUGAUGGGUAACUCCAGCACGAACCUGGUGUCCGCGCCUGAACCCGAGGAUGAGGAUGACAGGAUCUUUGCCGACCCCCUGACGAAGAGUACGCAGCCCAGCAUGAAAGAAGUGCCGGACGGUGACACCUUGGUUGUCAUACACGACUACCCCGCACCACACAUAAGUCAGCCUAUUUUCAGAACUGGAGAGAAGCUCCGAGUGAUAUCACAAGUCCAAUGCUGGUGGAGAGUGCAUUCUAUAACAACAGGAAAAGAAAACUACAUUCCGCAGAAUCACAUUGCAAAAGUCUACCAUGGUUGGCUAUUUGAGGGAGUGACCAGACAGAAGGCAGAAGAGCUACUCCAUCUCCCUGGAAACAAAGCUGGCUCUUUCAUGAUAAGAGAGAGCACAAAAGAAAAAGGCGUUUAUUCUCUAUCGGUCAGGAACAGAACUAUAAAACAUUAUCGGAUCUUCCGGCUGCCCAAUAACUGGUACUACAUCUCCCCUCGACUCACCUUUCAAUGCUUGGAGGACCUCGUCAAUCAUUACUCUGACAUUGCGGAUGGGCUGAGCUGUAUCCUCUCUGCGCCCUGCCUGGCCCUCACCGCCGGUAACCUCAACCUCACCAACCAGGAGCCCCCGAUGGUGAUGCGAUGCAACUUUGACUGGCAGAAUGUUCAAAGGUCAGAGUUACUUAAGGAGAGCACUCAGCGCCACCCCGAGAACGUGGACUCUUUGAUAAGCUUUGGAGUUCGCAACAGUAUCGCCUCCUACCUGUCCCUUGUGGAAUCGCAGGACACAACACAAAAGGGGCAGCACAAGAAAAAUAAUAAAUCCAUCUACUCUUUCCCGGAUAACAAGUUUGACGCGACCAAAGAGGAGGAUUGCUAUUAGUAGAGGGAUCAGACACCCCGACAGCUCGAGAAAAUUCAUCAUUUUUUUUAGACUUUUGCAUGAGAGUUUCCCCUAGAUUUACAUGGGAACCAUAUCACUUCUGCUUUAAUGGCACUCAGUCUCAUAUACUCAAUGGCGACAUUGGCUGAGAAGGGAAGAUCAGUCGUCUAGCAGUCAGGUUGCCCUGAGUGUCGAAGUUUCUCUCACCAAGACACCUAACCCCCAAAUGCUCCUGACAAGCUGGUUGGUACCUUGCACGGCAGCCAAUCGCCAUUGGUGUGGGGGUGUGUGUAUGAAAGGGUGAACGAGAAGCAUCAAUUGUACAGCGCUUGGGAUAAAGGCACUAUAUAAAUGCCAACCAUGUACCAUUCAUAAGUGAGAGAGUGUAUUCCGUUUUUGUUUAAUUUUUGUUGUCAAUUAAAAUGGCAAUGAUAUGUAAAUUAUUUUAAUGGAGAAAAAGGGAGAAAAACAUUUAGGGAUUUACUUCAUAUGGUAAUAUGAAUUUUGACACAAAUCAUCAGCUUUCCUGUAUAUUACCAUGAGAACUUUUAUUGGAUGUGUCCGCAUUUUCAAUUUGGCACAAAUGUGCCGUUAUAUUGAUCCAGAGCAAAGGCAAUGGGACGGCAUUCAAACAUUACUGGUAGCAUUAAGAUAUUACAUAUUUAUAUACUUCAGUGGGAUAAUGUCUGGUAACUGUACAUUGAUUUAAUCCUCCAAAAUGUUUCUCCUGUGUUUGUUCUAUGAACAUUGAAGCUGAUCUGAUAUCAGGGGGGGUCAUGGGCAUCAGAGUGGCUAUGAAGUAUGAACUGAUCCUCAGCUGCUUCAGGAUAUGAAUAGAUUUCUGAGCACAUGGGAAACGUUGCACGCUUACUCAAACUCUGUCCAGCUACUCCUGCCUAACGCUGAGUUUAUUGAGGAGGGGGCAAUGCCAACUCACUCAAACUGAUGUCUGGAUAUUAUUUUAAUCAUACUUCUUGUGAUUGUACAUUUGUUCAUGACUAUUCUUGUGAAUUAAACAUUGCUUAUUCUUUUUCA